UAAACAAGGAAGUAAUAUUUUCUGAAGGCGUAUUCAGUUUGGACUUUGUAACUGACCAUUUAACGUAAUUCUAAACCAGGAAACAAAUAACUAAUUCACACAAAUAAGAUAUUGGAUGUUUACCUCGACAAUGAAUCAAAUACUGGGGAUAUGAACAACUACAAUAUGUACCUGUGUUUACUUGACGUUGACAUUCUGAGGCUUGGAAUGGAAAACCUGGAUUUCUAUUCCUAGUAACCCACAUCCGUGAGCAUCAGGUAGUUAUGAUUUAGUGUCUUUACAAUUAUGUUUUAUGAACACAUGUGCCUGGAUUGGAGCUCGGUGUAUAGUCAAGAUUUAGAGACAUAGAAUAAAGUCUAUUUUGUGACUGUUAUUCAAUAUCAGUUAAAUAUAUAAUAGACAAGCUGUUUGGGUCUAUUUAUAAACUUCAUUGUCUCCUCCACAACCUUUUCAUCAACAUGGCAACACCCACAGGUCAAAUCCCUCUCCGUACCUGUACUGAACACAAGGGGAGACCACUGGAACUUUACUGUGAGAAAUGUGAUAAACUUGUUUGUCUAAAAUGUCAUUUAUCUACUCACAAAGGCCAUGAUGUUUGUGAACUCAGCGAUAUUACUCCUACAAAGAAACAAGACAUUCAAAACUUUAUUGACAGAACUGAACAAAAUGACCUUGUACAACUUAGGGAAUACAUCACGUCUACUGAUACUCUACUUAAAGACAACACCAGCAACUUUGAGAAUCUUUCUCACAAGUUGAAAAAGCAAACAGAAAAAUUAAAACAAGAUCUCGACUUGCUAACAGCACAGACACUCUCUUUUUACCACAAAAUGGAGGAGGAUAAUAUUAAGCUUAUACAGAAAUACAAACAGGACCUUGAAAUGUAUAACAAGCAACUAGGACAACAAAUUCAGGAAUGCAAAGAAGCACUCCAGCAUGGUUCUCACAUAGAAAUCUACGACACAGGAUGUGAAAUUCAUUCCCAAAUAAGUCUCCCUGUAAAACCUGUCCUGGGUACUGCCAGUUUCACUCCAAACAAAACCCCUCAACAUCACCUAGAACUGGCCUUAGGGAAAAUUGGCACCUUAGCUCAAGGUCAAGAUUCAACUGACCAGGAUGGGUCAGUCAUGACAUAUGGUGGUCAGAACCCAUCCUCUACAUCACAACAGUCAGAACCAGAAGGAAAGAAGGCAGUGACUAUGUACAAACUACUGCCACAGACCAAAGUGUUGGAGGACUGGAGGUCUCCUGUUGUUAAUUAUUCCAUAUGCCCCACCACUGAUGGUCAGGUGUGGACCUGUUGCAGGGACACAUUAACUCUCCUGGACAGUAAAGGGAAAGCCAUACAGCAGGUCAAACACAAAACUAGCAUCAAAGACAUAAGUCUGUCACCAAUAACACACACGCUAUGGGUCUGUGAUAUAGAAAACAACAUCAUGGAGCUGGUAUCAGGUCAACUAAAACACAGAUUCAGCACCAAGGAGGAACCCAGGUGUAUCUUUGUUACUGCCAGUAACCAUGUCAUUGUGGGGUUGACCAACAACAUCUCCAAAUUUACCACACAAGGUCAGAUGGUACUCACUACAAGUGUUAGAGGGACUGGGAAGCCAUUAGUGUGUUCACCACGGAGGAUCUCAGAGUGUCCUGUCACUCACAAUGUCGCAGUGGUUGAUAGGAAUGAUAAGGUCGAUGGUGGUGAUCGGAUACGACAUCUUGUUGUUAUGGACACUGAUUUCAAGGAACUGUUUGUAUAUAGAGGUGACAUCCCCAGUACAAAUAAGCAAUCAUCACAUAAAGGAGCUAAACCAUUUGACCCCUAUGGUGUGGUGUAUGACAGUGUGGGGAACAUUAUCAUAGGGGACUGGAACAACCACAGAGUCCUACUCAUCAGUGGAGGUGGUAAGUUCCUCAGGAUCAUACACACAGACACAGACUGGACAUGUGCUGCAGGUGUAGACAGGGAGGAUGUCCUGUGGGCAGUGUUUGGGAUGAAUGUUAAACUACUACAGUACAGCAGUGUGUGACUCCUGUGACAUAACGAGUAGGUAUAGUUACCAUGACAACACAGAACCAGACCAACAAAACUGACCACAAUAAACAACCAGUCAACAUUCUACCCUGAUUGUACAUCAUCAUAAUCACUGGAGAAAAUCUAUUCAACAUUCUAGUGAUUUUUUGUUAUUAUGAUAAUCAGAGAAAAACCAGUCAAUAGAGAAACAUUUAAAGGUCUCAUGAACAGCGGCAAUAAUGUUUGCUUCAUCAAUGCAGCAAUUAUCGCCCUAUGUCAUACCAAUUGCUUCGAUGCUCUUUUGAGAGAUUGCCACAACUUGCACCGUGUAUGUGAUGGUCAUUUGUUUGGAAAUGCUACAACUGGACUAACGGCGGCUGGAAUGUGGGACAAACAAUGGUGGCAGGACUGCGAGGCAACUGGACUAAUGAUGGCUGGAGUAUGAGACAACUGGACUAACGGUGGCUGGAGUAUGAGACAACAGGACUAAUGGUGGCUGGAUAAUAUGACAACAAGAUUAUUGAUGGCUGGAUAGUUGGACGAUGGUGGUUAGAUAGAAGAUGGUAUGUACAUUAGAACUGUUAUGAGUAGGGUAUUAUUAUUUUAUCCUAUGUAUCUUUAGGUGUCACUAGAAAAAGCAAU